AUGGGCUCAGCAUCAUAUAUCGAUAUAUCAGCUCGCAAAUGGGAACAGCUCAAUUCUCUUAUUCCAUCAGAAUGGCGGCUGCAGGACAGAUACAUCCCGAGUGCAAUGAGGCUAUCUCCCUUCGACUCCGUGUAUAAACUCGAUUGUUUUGAUGAAGGCGACACCGGAACUCUAUUAGGUGUGCCAAGAGCAUGUGGAAUUCUAAGCACAAAAGAGAUAGAAAUCACGGAGAAAUGGGAUAUUCAGGGACUAUUACAUGAGAUCGCGGAAAGACGACUAAGCUCAGAAAACGUCGCAUUGGCUUUUUGUAAGCGAGCAGCGAUCGCACAGCAAUUGACGCGGUGUUUGACCGAGCCCUUGUUCACCAGUGCUCUUGAACAGGCGCGACAAUUGGACCACCAUCUUCAGAAGACGGGUAGACUGUACGGUCCCCUCCAUGGCUUGCCCGUAACUGUCAAAGAUACAUUCGAUAUUAAAGGUGUCGAUUCGUCCGUUGGCAUCACUGCUCUGGCUUUUAAGUCUGCCGGUCAGGAUGCUGCCCUGGUUCAACUUCUCCGCUCACUUGGUGCAAUCAUCAUUGCUAAAACAAAUGUGCCUCAGACGAUGGCUUUUUUGGAUAGCGUAAAUCACAUGUUUGGUCGAACACUGAACCCACUCAACCGCCUGCUUACACCCGGCGGAAGCUCUGGAGGAGAAGGGGUUGCGGUGGCGAUGCGCGCCUCCAUGAUAGGAUUUGGUACUGAUGUUGGCGGAAGUAUUCGUAUUCCUGCCAUGUGUAAUGGAAUAUACGGCUUCAAGCCGAGCGUCGGCAGAAUACCAUACGGAGGAACAACAAGUGGGCAGCCAAAUGGCAAGCUCCGUGUGGCCCUAAAACCGGUCGCCGGCCCCAUUGGGCGAUCUAUCCAGGACAUAGACACUGUGAUGAGGGAGCUUGUGCCGAGAGCGGAGUUUUUUGGCCACGACUGUAUUCCGGCUCUCUGGCCAUCUCUAUCCGCACCAAAGAAGACACUCAGAAUCGGUAUUCUGGGGAGUGACGGGCUAGUCAACCCAGUCCCAGUGAUAAGCCAUCUGCUGAAGGAGGUGUCUGGCAUUUUGGCUCGAAGCAAAGAAUAUGAUAUCGAGAUUGUAAAUAUCUCUCCUCCCGCGGUCAUGAAAAAGUGCAUGAUCACCGGCGCCAGACUCAUGGACGUUGAUGGCGCUGGCCCUCUUCUCGAUCUUCUUGCCCAAACUGAGGAGCCCCUGAUGCCGUAUCUACAAGGCCGCACUGUUCGCCGCUCGCCUACCUCUAUCGACAAGCUUUAUGCUCUGUGUGCGGAGCGUGACCAAAUCGAGAUCGAGAUGCGGAAGGAUUUGUGGUCAUGGCCACUGUCUACCGCUUAUGCAUCAGAAUCUUCAGGGAACCCACUUGACGCAAUCAUAUGCCCUAUAGCGGCUCAUCCAGUUCCACGACAUGAUACUUACGGAAACCUUUCAUAUACAACUACCUUUGUCCUGCUAGACUAUCCCACAGGGACAAUACCAGUGCGAAAUCUAACAGAGGCGGAUUUGAAACUCGAUUACAGUGAUGAAUACAAGCCAUUGUCCAAAUGGGAUGAACAAAAUAGAAAAUUUUGGAAAGCAGAUCGGAAAGUAUACUUGAACACUCCCCUCAGUGUACAGGUUGUUGUUCCUCGGCUACAUGAUCAUAAGCUUUGCCAAGUGAUGGAUACGGUUGAUACGGCUUUCAAGAUACAUUAUCAAGGGAGCAACAAGGCCAUGCUAUGA